AUGAAUAGAAGAUCAAUAAUUGUACUAUUGUUGAUCAAUUUUGCGUUUGCACUAGAAGACAACAAUAGCACAUCUCCUGUUUGGAGUGAUCCAGACUCACCACUAAAGUCACAAAAGUGUACCGCUUUGUAUGAAAUACCAAAAGAAAACCAAUGCUCGUUUAUACGGAACGAAUGUAAAGAUUAUAAACUCGGGUAUGCAAACUAUCUAGAAUUGUACUAUUGCACAUUUCUGUUUUUGCAUAGUUUUGCAUUCUUGCCAUUGGUGUGUAAUCUUGCCAUCCUCUUCGUAAGUUUGGGGCUCACUGCCUCGGAAUAUCUUUGCCCUAAUCUUCAUUCAAUUUCAAAGGUAUUACAAUUAUCUGACAAUUUAGCUGGGCUAACUUUAUUGGCAUUGGGGAAUGGAGCCCCAGAUAUCUUGAGUACUUUUCAAGGAAUGAGUUUGGAUUCAAGUGAUUUGGCAAUAUCAGAGUUGACAGGUGCUGCAUUUUUCAUCACGACUGUAGUAAUCGGUACGAUGGGAAUUGUACACCCAUUCAAGGUUCCAAAGGUUGCAUUUUUAAGAGAUUUAGGCUUCUUUAUAUGUUUCCUUGCGGUAGUGCUAACUGCUAUUCUUAAAGGUGUUCUCACAUUUUUUCAUUGUAUUAUUCUUGUUGCUAUGUAUGUGGUGUACGUUGUUGUAGUUGUAUGUUCUCAUUCAAUUACCAAGAUGAAGACAAGGCAGCGUUUGAGGGAAGAAAGAUCUAGAGGUAACUUUGUAGAGCUAGGUGGAAGAAAUGUGGACAAUGAGAUAGGCGAUGAAGAAGAAGACAUAUUCUUGGAUGAUAUCAAUCAACUACCAUCAAUUGAGGCACUUCAUAUGUCUUCAAUACCCAUUGAUCAAGUUAGUCGUAUUGAUUCGGCCCUAUCAUUGCCUGGAUCGUUUGGACUAAAUACUUUGUUGAAGAACUUACAAAAGCAUUCGAACCAUCGAAUACAAUUACCUGGGGAUGAUCAUAUUCGUCUGGUAUCUGCUCCAGCAGCAGUGGAAUCAACACCACCCUUAGAAGACGACAUCCAUGAUAUAGAAGAACUUGACGAGACCUCUAUUCCUCGAUACAACAACACAUUUCCUGUUUCUUCAGACUACCAGGCAUCGUUUUUUCUUAAGUUAUUGUUCCCAUCAUUCCUAGAAUUCAAAGAAUUAGAUAUGCAAUCUAAAAUAAGAACUGUCAUCAUGUCCCCUGUCUUAUUUCUUCUUAGAGUAUCAAUACCAGUAAGAGAUCAAGCUUGCAUCGAUGCCAUAACGGAAAAUGAAAGGAAAAACUUGGACAUACAAUUGGGGAUUGGAAAUAUAGAAGAAAAUGAUGCCUCACAAUUUGAUGUGGAUGGUUCUUCUUUUGAAAUUGAUAAGGUUCUACUUCAAGUUCAAAAUUUCUUGUCAAAUAUAUUUAUAACAUAUGUUUGGUGCAACGGAGAUCCAUAUUAUUGGACGACAAUACUUCCAAUGUCAAUAUUUGUUUCCUGUAUCAUUCUGUAUGCAACUUACAUGAUGUACAAUCAAAACCCUUCACGCCGUCGAAUAAUAUUUCACAUAUCAUCAUUUUUCGGAUUCGUAUCGGCUCUAUCAUGGAUAUCAAUAUUUGCUACAGAAGUAAUCGGUAUUCUCAAAAUGAUUUCCUUGGUUUAUGAUGUCAGUGAUGAGAUAUUAGGUAUGACCGUUUUCGCCUUAGGAAAUUCCAUUGGAGAUUUUAUAUCUAACUUUACAAUAGCUAAGAUGGGGAUGCCUUUGAUGGCCUUUGGUGCUUGCUUUGGCGGACCAGUGUUGACUUUUAGUUCCAUGGGCUUUAGUGGUGCACUAUUAUCUACAAAUAUAAGUAGUCAAGCCAAAAACUCAUUUGCUUCAGGUUUUAACUUAGGAAAUUCCUCCACAUUACUAACUAUCUUCGUUGGAUUGUUACUUAAUCUGAUUUUUUUACUUGUCAUGGUGCCUAGAAACAACUGGUUGGUUGAUAGAGAUAUUGGACGUUGCACCAUAUUUAUCUGGGCAGUAGUAACAUCAUUGUGCAUCUUCAUAGAGUUUAAAUAA